AGCAGGGGAGCGGAGCGGGACGGGGUGGGCGGCCGGGCAGCUCCCCGAGCCGGCCCCGCCAUGGCCCGCCAGCUGAUCGGCCCCGCGCUGCCGCCCGGCUUCCCGCGCCACGCCGAGGCCGAGCCGGGCGAGGACUUCAGCCAGGUUGCAGGACCAGCACUGCCUCCAGACUACAAAAGCAGCUGUAGCUCAGAAACUCCUGACAGUGAUGACGACUCAGAAUCUCUUCCUCUACCCAGAAACACAAACAGAGAUUCUGAAGAGGAGACAGAAGGAGAUCCAGCACCCAAAAAGCCAAAAAGAAUUCAUGAAGACGAUGAUGAUGAUGGCUUUUUUGGGCCAGCUCUUCCUCCUGGAUUUAAAAAACAGGAUGAUUCUCCAGAGAGGCCCAUUAUAGGUCCUGCAUUACCACCUGGCUUUAGGAAAGCUUCAGAGGACACCAGAAGUGGCAGAUGUUUCAUAGGACCGUCUGUUCCAUCAGAAUCCCGUCCCCAGCUGACAGAUAGUAGUGAGGACGAAGACAAUUUAAUAGGCCCAAUGCCUGCAAAAGGACCAGUGGAGUCUGAUGUGGCUAAAGAGUUUGAACGCAGAGCUCAGAGAAUGAAAGAAAAGCUUACUGCAGCAGACAGCGAUGAGCCCAAACAAGUUACCAGGGAAUCAUGGAUGACAGAGCUUCCACCUGAGUUGAAAAGCUUUGGAUUUGGCCCAAGAACAUUCAAGAGACGAGCUGAUGACAAAUCAGGUGAUAGAUCUAUUUGGACAGAUACUCCAGCUGACAGAGAAAGAAAAGCCAAGGAAAGAGAAGAGGCAAAAAAGUCAAGCAGUAAGGAUAAUGAAGAAAUGGUAUUAUCUGGGAGGGACAAGAGGCUUAUUGAGCAGGUGACUUCAUACAAUGAGUCAAAGAGGUCAGUGUCUCUCAUGGACAUGCACCAGAAAAAGCUGAAGAGCAAAGCAUCUGAAGAAAAGAGCAAACCUCAGGAAAGAAGGCCGUUUGACCGAGAGCAGGAUCUCAAAGUCAAUCACUUUGAUGAAGCACAAAAGAAAGCUCUUAUAAGAAAAUCCAGAGAUCUGAAUAGUAAAUUUGAGCACAGUAAAGGCAACAUGUUUUUAUAAGAUGAAAGCAUUAAGCUUUUUUGAAGUGAAGUACAUUAAAAUUUGAAUACUUAAUUUUUGUAAGUAUUUUUUCUGUAAAUAUUUGUAUGCAAAAUAAAUAUGCUGAUGUUUAACUA